UCAAUAUAGUUUCACUACAGAGACAUUGCUGCUUGUUCUGGCAUUGACGCGCUUGCGCGCGCGCGCACACACACACACACACACACACACACACACACACACACACACACACACACACACACACACUAAUAAGAAAUUGAUUUAUGCGAAACUAGACCCAAGUCUUAACAGAAUAAAGCAUUACUUUCGGUAGAUUUAGAUGAAUUAGAAGAAUCAAUGAACAAAAGGAAAUGGCCUUCGUAAGUCACCUCAAUCGAUGUUGCAAGGCACCAAUGCUAGACAGCCAGGUGUGGGAGGCGAGGGACGUGACGAAACAGAGGACGGCGGUGUCUUUCGCCGUUUGUGACUUUGUACUCAUCUCCGUCUCGACUACACAUUGCUACUGCAAUAUUAGUACAAGAUGGGAGUGCUGAACAGCUAAGGAACCAUGUCAUACAUUGAGCUGCAAGGCAGUCUCCCCUUACCGGGAAGUUUUGUGUUGUUUAGAGCCCAGGCGGUGAUAUGACACCUGAUAAAGUAACAGGAAAAGAGGCUGGUGCCGCUUUCAAUGUGUGUGUGCGUGUUGGUUGGUGGUGAGUGAGUGGUCUCAGUGUAAGCAGGUGUACACGUAAAUUACCGGCAAUGUCAGUGCAAGUGAAGUGACACUAAUGGCUAACACCAUGAAUUGGUAAUAAUAGUUAAUCAGCAUGUAGUUGGAAAGGUGAAUAUAACGCUAAGUUACGAGCGAGCUGUAGCAGCUACAAGCGUAAAACGGUUCUAUUAUUGCCCGGGUAAUGAGCACCGUAUGACCUAUCAGCGUCACAAUUAGAGGUGAAUCAUAAAAGCAGACAACCAGUGUAAUACAGGAUGGCGGAGGAAAUACAGCUGCUACCAAUGGAACAAAAGACCUCCAAAGGCACGGAGGGCUUCAUCGACUGGCGGGACUUGUGGUACCGUUUGGACGAGGGCCGCGGCAAGGUCACCCUCGAUGGCUUCCAGGGCAGGAUACAACGCACCCCCAACAACAACCAGGCCAUACUCCAGGCAGUCCAAGUACUGCAGGCGGCGGACACCAAGAGGAGGGGCUAUGUGGAGUACAAUCAGUUCCGGGACUACUACAACAACGAGCUGGCGGAGGGGUCGUGGGAGCGCGCCGUCUUGGCAAGAGCGGCGCUGGACAUCCAGGACAUGGCCCCCACGCCCGAGGAAGAGUCAGUGUUCGGGACGUGGGAGAAUCUCGUAGACUACGUGAGGGCCUGCCCCAGCCCCAAGGAUUUCAAUUGGUACUGGAUUCUGCCCCAAGACUACUCCCGCGCCAGCCUCAUGUACUAUGUGUCCUACCGAAGCGAGUUGAUACACCCCGCCCGCCUCAACGACUGGCUGCUGCACGCGCGAGCGGUGGACAACCUGCCCAACCAGGUGGUGAUUCAGCUGCUGGAGAAGUGCCGGUCCACCAUCCAAAGAGCGGACACCAAUAAGGACGGUUACAUCGAAUACAGCGAAUUCCUACGAUUUGUGAGGGUUAAGGUCGUCACCACGUCCCGGAGCGCCACGAUCCUGCGCCGCGGGGCCCUGGCCGUCCUGCCCCGCAACGCUCGCUCUCUCGAAAACCGCCGCUACAUCGAGGAGUACUCGUGUUGGCCGCCGCCACUCUUCAUGCUGCUUAUAACCCUAGCAGAGAUCAUUACCUUCAUCAUCUACGUCGUGGACAUGAAUCUCCCCGUCACAGGCAGCGGCCCGUGUCCCACCUACUCCCCUCUGGUGUUCAACCCCAGCCGACGCUACGAGGCCUGGCGCUUUGUUUCGUACGCCCUCAUCCACUCCGGCUGGGUGCACCUGUUCAACAACCUGCUGGUACAGAUGGUGCUCGGCACGCUGCUGGAGAUGGUGCACAGGUGGCGCAUCAUCCUCAUCUACCUGGCGGGCGUGGCGUGGGGCGCGCUGGCGAACUCCAUCUUCCUGCCCACCUAUUUCCUGGCUGGGGCGUCGGGCGGCGUGUACGCCGUGGAGUACGCUCAUCUCAGCAACCUGGUGCUGAACUGGUCUUCGAUGGAAUACCCGCUGCUGCAGCUGCUUGUGAUCCUGGCGGUGAUGGCCCUCGAUUUAGGCUACGCCAUCUGGGACACUUACUCUGCCACAGAGACCGCGACCGGCCACAUGGCGCACUUUGGCGGGGCCGUGGCUGGCAUGCUAAUGGGCGUGGUGGUGCUGAGAAACCUGGAGGUGGAGAAGUGGGAAAACUACUGCCGGUGGACGUCACUGGGUCUCUUCGUGGCCCUGAUGGUGUGUGGGGUGCUGCUCCAAGUGUUCCUUCCCAUCCCAGAAUACUUCCCCGACAACGACUGGUCUUCCAUCGCGCAGGACAAGGAAGAGUGGGAUCAGGCGCAACAGUGGGGCUAAACUCAAUUUAAAGUUAAUAGACUGAGUGUUAUUCAUAAUCCCAGUUUUUCUAUGGAGACAUUUUUUCUGUCCCCUAAAUAACUAAAUAAUAUCCUUUCCCACUAUCAAGACACCGUUAGUAACUGGUACUGAUGUUUCUUCUUGAUUUAUUCUGUUCUCCAUACGAGUACAAAAAGUCGAUCUCUCGUGCCGCGUUUGUUCGUGUAGCAUGCACAGCAGCCUUCAGGAGUCAACGCUUCGCCUCGGUCUUGGCUUGUGGGAGUAAGGAAGGGAGAGAGAAGGCGUCAGGAGUCACAGGUGUGUUUGGUCCACCUGUGACUAUGGGCCAAUUUUACAGUCCAAUACAGCAAGUUUGUAAGCUCCCCAACCAAACACAUAAUACGACGAAAAUUCCCUGCAGCUCGAGUGUUUUGCGUUGAUAUAAAAAGGAGGAUGAAAUUUCAGGAAACUAUACAGGAAAUCUCUUUAUUAGUAUCUGGUAUUGAGUAGAAAAGACGGAUGACUGUGGAUAAUAUGGUUUGGUUUGGGCGCUUACUAUGACUCUGUGUUGGACUGUCGAACUGGCCAUAUAAGAUGCACACCAACCCUUAUAAUUACGUAUGCUGUCCUAUGUUCAUUCACUGUUCGGUCCACUUGUGACUAUAACGUAUACACCAAGGCUUAUGUUGAUGCUGGCCUUUGUUCAUUCACUGUUCGGUCCACUUGUGACUAUAACGUAUACACCAAAGCUUAUGUUGAUGCUGGCCUUUGUUCAUUCACUGUUCGGUCCACUUGUGACUAUAACGAAUACACCAAGGCUUAUGUUGAUGCAGGCCUAUGUUCAUUCACUGCUCGGUCCACUUGUGACUUUAACGUAUACACCAAGGCUUAUGUUGAUGUUGCCCUAUGUUCAUUCACUGUUCGGUCCACUUGUGACUAUAACGUAUACACCAAGGCUUAUGUUGAUGCUGGCCUAUGUUCAUGCGCGGUGUUUCGCCCGAUUGUGACUGACUUGCCUACCAAAGCUUUCAGUUACGACGAACGUGAUUGUGUUCAUUAUGUCAUAGUUUUAAUGGCCCAGCAGGCUCCCGAAGACCGCAAGAAUUUCAUAAGUACACCAGCUAGAUCUCUUUGAAUGGCCAAUAUUUUGAUGCAUGUAGGCAGCUCUAUUUGAUUUUCGCUCGCAUAACACGAUUUUUCAUUGAUUUUUUUGUUUUGUUGUUGUUGUUGUUGGUCUGUGGUUUGCGUUGUAUAAAGCGUGCUCGCCCUGCUGUAAAGGUUUGGUUGGAUAAUAUAUUGUGCGUCGCGCUGAUCGUGAAUCGCCUUGUUUGAUCUCGGGUCAUUCGGGAACGUACUGUACAGCCACGGAGCCUUUGUGCUAUUAUAGUUAUAAGAAUGUUAUGUGCCUACCGCACUGUGAUUUUAUGGAUCCAUUUGCAGCUACCGUAAUAACAUUGUUUCUAUUAUUA